CGGAAGUGUCCAUUAUAAAUCCCUCCCCCGGCAGCACAGGCGGAAGUGAAAAUGGAGGCGCUUGUAUUCAUUCUAUCCCUGGUCGAUUGUUGCGCCCUAAUAUUCUUGGCGGUAUAUUUUAUUAUAACCUUGUCAGAUCUGGAAUGUGAUUACAUAAACGCCAGAGCUUGUUGCUCUAAACUAAACAAGUGGGUGUUACCGGAACUGAUUGGCCACAGUGCUGUCACAACGUUGAUGCUGACCUCGAUGCACUGGUUUAUCCUGCUGCUCAACUUACCCAUCGCUGCCUGGAACUUCUACAGGUACUUCUCUGUCCCCUCUGGAAAUGUGGGGGUCUUUGACCCAACUGAGAUACACAAUCGAGGCCUACUCAAGACCCACAUGAAGGAAGCCAUGAUCAAACUUGGAUUCCACCUGCUCUGUUUUUUCAUUUACUUGUACAGUAUGAUCCUGGCAUUGAUCAAUGAUUGAGUGCCUUGACAGAAGGUGUGGAUAGUCACAAGUUUCAAGUUCAGAUCCGGGACUUUGACUGGAAGUUGGAGGUUACGUCAUAUACAGUUUAUAUUUUGGACCUGACUAAAAUGUGUGUUGAGAUUAUCUUUUUUUAAACAAUAAAGUUACAAUUUAAAUGUAUGACUUUGACUGUUCGUGG